AUGGAAGAAAGCUAUGAGACAUUUGAAGAGGAGUUAUGGCCACCAAGAGCAGAUCCUCCUCCACAGAAGCCUGUUCGACAGAUCCGCAGACCAGAAAUGAACGCUACGAGGAAAGCCAGAGAGGAAAUGGCUACAUUUCCACAGCAACCAAGAGCAGAACCCAAGAUUUUACCCAGAGAGCCUAGCUUCCCCAGAACCAGUGAUUAAUCCUCCUCUCUUCUUUCAGCAUCCAUACAAAAAGCCGUGUCCGCCCAAAACCUGACCCAGAUUGAAACACCAUGGGAGAACGUCACCCUCAACCGAUGUCUGUUUGUGGCUAUAACCAUCCUGGUGCUCACCUCGGGCUUUCAGAGGCUUAAUGAAACUCUGCGCGGUCAGGGGACAGCAGAGGAGGAGGAAGAAGUAGGACUGACAGUGAGACAGAGAGGCUCAUUACAACACAGAGGACACCCACCAGAGCCUGAGACAUCUCUAUGGGAAGUCAUGUUUUGGUGGCUGCCGGACCUCGAUGAUGAAGACGAUGAGGAGGAGGAGGAGGAUGAUUAUGACGAUGAUGGACAACUAAAAAAAAAAGUGAAAUCAAAGAAAGGAGCAAAAGCAGGAGCAUCAAGAGGUCUCAGAAACAUGCCAAUACCGGACAAAAAACUAAUGAAACAACGAGAAGGGAAAUUUAAGGACAGGAGAGCCAAGAAAGCCAGAGAUGAAGCAAUCAAAGAAAAGAAAGAAAGAGAUAAAAAGGAGGAUCCUGAAGAGGCAGCAGAUGAGGAAGAUGUGGAUGAGGGAAAUGAGGAGGCAGAGCCAGACAACAAUCUGGAGGAAAAGAAAGAGAAGAAAAAGACUCAAAAGGAAUGAGUUGAUUCUUUCUACUGUGACAGAUGCCGAUUCAUUUUCUUAACAAUUUUAC